AUGUUUAGAAAUAACAAAAACAUGAAGUAUAUCCUAAGUCUUGUACCCGGGAAACGACGCUUCGGAAUUUACCGGUUUUUGCCCGUCUUCUUCUGCAUCGGCGGUGUCAUGGAGUGGGUCAUGAUAAACGUGCGAAUAGGACGAGAGACGUUUUAUGAUGUCUACAGGAGAAAACGCUCUGAGAGGGAGUACCAACAGAAAAUUGAGGAUGGAAUAACUGUACCUCCUGAAUCAGAACCAAAAUAAACAUUUUUCACUCCUGCAAAUAUGUUCUUUCUAGCUGAGCAAUACCAGUUUAUUUUUCCAUGCACCACAUGCUUUUAAAAUAUUGUCUGAUACAUAUACCACAGAUGGUAUACUAUUCUGACAUACUACUUAGUACAGUAGUUUGAGGUCUUAGACAUCGCCAAUGUCUAAACGCAAAGCAAAGUCUGGACUUGGCCAAGCUUUGAAAGCCUUUUGCAGAUAGUAAGGGUGCUUGGAAUAGUAACCAAAUGUGGUUAUAUUAGCCCCUGGUGCCAGUUAGACAACUGCAGAGGGAGUGUGUCCUCUCUCUACAGUCCCUCCACUGGAUCUUCAGCUUAAAUGUAGAGGCCAAUUGGAAGAGAUUUCAGACAGAUGAAGCUGUUUGGAUGCUGAGCAAGAACCACCGGGUUUCCAUCCAGUCGCACCUCCUGCAUGUUGUACCUGAUGUAGUGUGUGUCGUUGCCCUUGCAGAAAGUGUCAUCCGUCAGGGUGGUUAUGUUAUUAUUCUGCAGGGAGAAACAAAAUAUCAUUCUUUUCUUAUUGGGCAAAAAUUUGGUUGUUUGAUGCUGUAUAUUUUUUCUACCCAUGGACAUGAUAGAAAAUACAAUUUGAUGUUUAACCAUAAAGUCAGGCAUCUUUUUUGA